AUGUUUUCCCAAUUAUUAAACUCAUUACUUUACAAUAGACUACCUGCAACCAAAUCACCCAUAAGAAAAGGGAAGACAGGCAUUUUGUUAAUAUUUAUAGUGGCGGUUUUAACUAUUGCAACUACACUUGUAUAUUGUCGAUCCGAUCUUCUUGAUGAUUAUUUGCCAACCACAGAAGAACAUGAAAAAUUAAUAACUGAACAACAAACAAACUAUCGUGAUAAAAGAACUAUCAUUUUCCCAAAUGAUUUUCCAAUGGCGGAUAGUAAACUUGUUUCUUAUUACCUUCAAGAUUUAGAAAAAGCAUUAGAUCCAGAAGAUUUGGUAUUCAGAAAUAGAUUUGUUCAUAGAUUGCCAACUAAUUUAAAAUACACUCCAGAUGAAAUCGAUUUAUUUGGCGCUUGGUCAGACGAAGCUAAUGAAAAGGAAUGUUCAAAAAUCAAUAAAAAGAUCAAAGUAGAAGGUAGUCAACCAUUGGAUAAAUCAUCUGAUUUGAAGAAAAUUUUAACCAGAUUUAUGUUGGAAAGAGGUGAGUAUUACGAUGAAGUUGAAAGGUUUUUCCCAGAUUUGAAAACCCAAUUAGAAGACGGAAGUUAUAAAAAACAUUGGGUUCAGUUGAUUGGUAGUUCAGUUUGGUUGAAACAAUACGGUGUCCAUUUAAUGAUAUCCAGGGUUUUCUACACUAAAUCUGGUCAAAAAGUUCAACCAGUUAUAUCAUUGUCUUAUCUCCAAGUGUUUGAUCGCGAUUGGAAUGAAUUAGAAAAUGUUGAAUUGAUUAUUCCUCAAGAUGAUGGUUCCUACAAGCCAAUUCUGUAUCCACAAUUUGCUCCUAUGCCAGUUUAUCACAAUGAGAAGCAAACAAAGGGUAGAUUUUAUGGUGUUGAAGAUCCUAGAAUACAACUCAUUACCAAUCCACAAGGUUAUGAGGAACCAUUGAUUGUUUACAAUUCACAUCAUAGAAAAAUCAAGGGUACUGAAUUUGAACAUGAUGUUGAAGGUACUAUUAAAUUUGACAGUUAUAGAUCUAUUUUCAUGGCAUGGUUAUGGAGAACUCAAAAGGGUAAAUCUAAUAUUGAGGAAGUUCCAAUCAAUGAUGAGCAAUUUAAAAAUAUGGAAUAUAUUAAAGUCAAAGAAAUUUUACGACCAAAUGGUAAACGUAGUUCUAAGGAAAAAAACUGGUCUAUGUUUUUCAACCAUCAAGAGAAAUUAGAAUAUGGUUACGAUAAUUAUGUCUAUUUUGUUUACCAAUUCAAGAACUUGAAAAUCUUAAAAUGCCCAAUCUAUGAUGAUGCACCAUGUACCUGGGAAUACGAGCAAGAUGACUACAUGGGUGCUGGUCUUUUGCACGGUGGUAGUGAGUUAAUCAAUGUCUACGACGUACUUGAAAAAUAUGAUUAUCCUGAAGUCCAGAGCAUAAUUGACAAAAUUCCAAAUGGUCGUGAAAUUUGGAUUGGUCUUGCUAGAGCCGUUAUGAUUGAUUGUGGUUGUGCUUCCAAGUUUUAUAGACCAAAUUUGGUUGUUUUAAUGAAAGAAAACAACGAGUAUAAGUUUGCUUUUGUGUCGUCCUUCUUUAGUUUGGGUAUUGAAAUCUUGCCUUGGGAUGAAGGUAAAAGUUUAUGUGAAGGUAAGAACUUGAUUAUUCCUAAUGGUAUCUCCAGUUGGACCAUUGAAAAACAAGGUGACAAAUUGACCGAUUAUAUGGCAUUUACUAUUUCCAGAAAAGAUUCAACCGUAGAAGUUGUUCACAUGAGAGGACUAUUGAAUGCCUUGUUGAUUGAUAAUCCACAACCUAAAUUGUUGGUUGGCGAACAAAAAGGUUUUGCAACCAAUGCUCAUAUUACAUGUUCUUUAGAAUAUUCGGAUAAAUUCUGUAAAGUAUAUGCUGCUACCACCAAAGCAUUUGAGAAAUUAAACCAACCAGAAAAGCCAAAGGAAGAAAAGAAGCAGUAG